GUUCCCAAGCAACAGCUACACAAAUCCAGGAAAACAUCCGAAAAAGACCCAUGGUCGUCCUUCUGUUCGCCCGAACGUGGAAUAACUGCAGGACUUUACUCAUCAGGAUUCCUCGACAAUCUAUUUAAAGAAAUAACACAAACAUGACGCCUUCUUCCCUUCCUGUUUUAGAUUACAGCGACCCGCGUCUAAAACUCACGGUGCAAAACAGAAUUAGAAACAUUUUUGUAACACAAUCGGAAGACUCCAGACACAGGAAAGAGGAUAAUGUCAACCACAUACCUGUUGUGACAGAGACUUCAAGCAGAGUCCUUGAGGCAGGAGUGAACACUUUGCAAAAGACCCUGGUUCUGAAGAAGCAGGCUGAGUUGGACGAGGUGGACCUGCAACUCACACUCAAACGGAAAGAGUUUAAGAACUGUGUGGAGGCUCUAGCUCAGAGAAGGUCUGAACUGGAAAUAAAGCAACAGCAGACUAUAGAGAAGGCGAGGAAGUUUGAGAAGUUUGUGGCUGAAAAUGAAGUUAAGCGUCGCCGAGCAUUGAAGAAGUAUGAGGCUGCACGGGAGCUGAACAUUGCAAAACAGAGAGAGAUAGAAGAUCUGACAGAACAGUUGAAACAACUGAGAGCCAGACACCAAGUUUUAAAGGAGAGAAUGGCAAAAUACAAAAUCUAUGAGGACUACUUGAUGAAAACACUAGAUUAUCUUCCCAGCACUUACCUUGAUAAUGGGUCUGAAUCUUUGGUUAUGCCCAUCAUUCGGCGCCACGAGACCCUGUCCAUCAGCCACCGGGAGCUGCUGCAGCGUUUGGGGCGACUGGAGGAGGAAGUGGACCAUGGGCAGCGACAACUGCAGAUCAUGAAGCAGGAGCACAGUAUUAAAAAAUUGAUGGCCAAUAAGGAACUGUCUGAACUCCAGAGUGAGCUAGAAACCCUCAAAGAGAAGAACAAGCAGGCAGAGGUUAACCUGCUGAUGGAACAAGGCCUGUCCAGAGAGAAGGUUGAAGAAGUGGGUUGCUUGCUUAUGGCCAUUAACGACCUUGCAGAGCAGUGUUAUCUAGCAGCAUAUGGACCUCUGGAAAGCAUGAACAUACUGACAAGGAUGGACAUGGUGAAGGAGUACAUCCAGGACAAGGCAGACACAGAGAUGAGAGCGAGAAGACUGAUGGAGUCGGGGUCUGCCAUGACAAGUAGAACAGCUUUGAUGGACAAAAGGGAGAGGGCAAUGAAGAGCGUUGGCAUUAAAACACAAAUUAAAAGUUCAAGUUAAGAUGGAGGCAGGCAGCCUCGUCUCAUGCCGAGAGGACAUUUCUUCGCUGUUUCCUGAGCAUACGUCGGGUGCCAAAUAUAAAGAUUUAAGCAGCCAAUUUUCCACCGUCAGACAAGUGCGCGGAGAUGGAAACUGCUUCUACAGAGCCCUCUGCUUCGCACACUUGGAGUCAGUCUUACACAAUGCCAGGGCUUUGCAGAG